AUGGCGCCGCGUCCAAAGCUGACGCGGCUGCAGAAGAAGAAGCAGGAGAGGGAGCGGGAGCGGGAGGAGCGGCGCGAGGCGCAGGAGGCUGAAGUGCACAGUCGACGCACCAGGCGGGAGGCAGAGAGACGGCGGAAAGAGGACCACGAGCGCGAAGAGGAAGAGCGGCUUAUUGCUGAGGAGGAGGCACUUCAGAAUCUACGAGAUGAGAAGAAGCGACUAGAAGAAGAAGAGUACGCCAAGUGGGUGGACGCCAUCGGGUUGGAGGAGCGCGGUGAGCUCGGUGAUGAGGAGCAUAUGCGGCGGGAGACACUCAUAGCGUUCUUGCGGGAACGGGCAGUGGAGGUGGACGCCCGUGAGGAGCAUCAACAAAAGCAAACGGAGCGGGUCGCACAGCCUUCCCCCACGACGGCCGUGAGAGCAGCGGACGAAUCGGCGAGAAACAUUUUGGUGCUGGGCGAUGUGGCCCGCGAGUACGGUGUCACUGUGGAAGUGUUGGUGAAAGUCAUCGAGACAUUGCUGGCGGACGGAGUCAUCAGCGGGGUGUUUGAUGAUCGCGGCAAGUUUAUCUUUGUGGCCGAGGCGCAUUACCUUAAACUGGCUCUCUUCAUCCAGCAGCGCGGACGCGUGUCUGUGAAGGAGCUCGUGAGGGAAUGCAACCGGGUAGUUCUCUCAUGA